AUGUCGGUUGGCGGGGCUAAUGAAAUCGCUGCACUGUACCCACCGCCACCUCCGUAUAUAAAGUACUUCACAGAUGAGAACUUGACCAAGCUCGAAGCUCAGAGGAAGUCAGGGGAAGCUAGCGAGGCCGAUGAAGACCUGGAGUUUUUGAUACCACCCCCGGUGCCCGCGGAGGGCCAUUACCGAGCGUUUGGAAGCGUCUGGCAUGUAAAAGACGAACUGCCCGACCUCAGCUCCAUGGGAAUGACGCAGCUGUAUCAAGGCAGUGCGGACGGCACGGCGUCUAGCUACCAAUCCAAAAUUCAGGAGCUGCACAAGCUGCUGCGGUCCCUGCUGCUGAACUUCCUGGAGCUAACUGGCAUCCUCAGCAUUAAUCCCGAGCGCUUCGCGGAAAAAGUCGAACACAUUCAGACCAUACUCGUGAACUUUCACCAUUUGCUGAAUGAGUACCGCCCACACCAGUCGCGGGAGUCGCUCAUCAUGCUUCUCGAGGCGCAACUCGAGCACAAGCGCAGUGAGAUCCAGCACAUUGAGCAGGUUUGCAGUGACGUGCGCGCCAAGCUUCGCCGCCUUGUCGACGGUGACGGCCCAAAGAAUGAGGAUGCUCCUAGCGAGCCGGAGCCGCAAAGUCACGUGCAAAAAGAGGCGGAAUCUCUCACGUGA